AUGAUGCUAGAGAACGCCAUACCUCUUACGCCCUCCGAGGCGGCGUCCGGGCUUCUAGGCUCGAUAUCUAUGACUUGUUGGAUUUUCUUGUUGGUUCCUCAACUAAUUGAAAACUACCGCAAUGGCAACGCGGAAGCAAUUUCCUUUCUUUUCGUCCUAGUCUGGUUCAUCGGCGAUAUCGCAAACCUCCUCGGCGGCUUACUAGCAGGUCUAGUACCCGUCAUCAUCGCAAUUGCCGUGUACUUCUGCAUCGCAGACGGUGUUCUGAUUUCACAAUGCCUAUACUAUAAAGCGCGGAACUCCCGCCUCGAGUCCGUGCACCGGCGCCGGCGCUCCUCAACUGAAACGCUUGAUCCCACGACACCGCUCCUUGGUCGCCGAUUUAGCGAUUCGCUGGAGAAUCCCCAUAGGCGGCGGCGAUCGUCGGGUUCUUGCCGUGAUUAUCAGGGUGCUGGGCGCCGGGAGAGCCAGGUUGAGGAUCCGUUGGCGAAGAUCGUGGAAGAGAGUGAGUAUGGGCGGAAAGCCUGGCUCAAGAAUUGUGUUAGUGUUUUGGGCAUUUUCGUCGUCGGUAUGGCUGGUUGGACGAUUGCUUGGCAAACUGGAAUGUGGACGCCGGCGCCGGCGCCGCAAGCGCAUGCGGAUGCGGCGGACAUGGCUGUUGGUGGGCAAGUGUUGGGAUAUUUUAGUUCUGUUUGUUAUCUGGGAGCGAGAUUGCCUCAGAUCUACAAGAACUACAGCGACAAGUCUUGUGAAGGCUUGUCACUUCUAUUUUUCAUCCUUUCUCUACUGGGUAACCUGACCUACGGCGCUGGGAUUCUGGCUCACUCCAUGGAGCGAGAAUAUGUUAUAACCAACCUGCCCUGGUUGAUCGGAUCUUUGGGAACCAUGGCCGAAGAUGUGGUUAUCUUUUGCCAAUUCCGCAUCUAUGCUGCACAGGAGCCUCUGUUGGCGGUAUCUUGA